CACUGGGCUUUGCUUCAGCGUUCAAACCGAUCGCUUGCCUUGCUGUUGAGUGAUUCGAACGGUGGGGGAAAGUCGUGUGUCUGGACCAGCAGAACACUGCCUCGGGUGUCCCUAGUACCCAUCUUAUGUUACUCUUCAUUCGGAGAUAUAGUAGGGAAUAGAUCACGCUUUCACAUCGUGCAUGCUAGGAGAAGACGAUACGUCGGCGGUCAACGGCAGUUUCUAUGAAAUAAGUACAUUUUUCCUAAUGUUAGCCUACACUAAUCAAACAGAGACAUGUGGAAUUGUAUGGGGAUUUCGAAUUGCCUGUCAAUAGUGUGUGUUCUUCUGACCGUGUGGACUGAGGUGUCCCAGUCCUCGGGCUAUUUUGAGCUGCAGCUGAUUGCGGUACAGAACGCAAAUGGUGAGUUGUCGGACGGGGACUGCUGCGACGGAGAAAGGAACACUCAGGAUCUCCGCUGUAGCAGCGAUGAGUGUGAUACGUACUUCAGAGUGUGUCUAAAGGAAUACCAAACGGAUGUCACGACCACGGGCUUGUGCAUCUAUGGAUCUGGAUCUACUAACGUUAUCGGUGGAAAUAGUUUUCAAUUUAAGAGCGCCAAAAACAACCAAAACCGAAACAACGAUGGUGGAAAGAUCGUCAUCCCAUUCCAGUUCGCUUGGCCGGUUUCCUACACUCUGAUCGUGGAAGCGUGGGACUGGGACAAUGGUACACACAGUAGCAGUGGUGAGGAUCUGUUGAUUGAGCGAAGUGUCCGUAAAGAAAGGAUCAACCCUGGAGAUGACAGACAGACUAUCCAAUACAACGGUCUUACAGCCAACUUUGAGUACAGCAUCCGCGUGCGCUGUGACGAGAACUACUAUGGCAGCAAGUGCAACAAGCUGUGCCGGCCACGUAAUGACUGGCAUGGCCACUACGUGUGUGACCAGUUUGGGAAUAGAGGAUGUAUGGAGGGCUGGAUGGGGACUUACUGUACAACUGCUAUCUGCAAGCAGGGCUGCAACCUGCUGCAAGGAGUCUGCAGUGCCCCAGGAGAAUGCACGUGUACGUACGGGUGGCAGGGUCCAUUCUGUGACAACUGCCUGCCAUACCCAGGCUGUGUCCACGGGACCUGUGUCAAGCCCUGGCAGUGCACCUGUGAGAAGAACUGGGGAGGCCUGCUGUGUGAAAAAGAUCUGAACUACUGUGGGACGAACAAGCCGUGUAAGAAUGGAGGAACGUGUAUGAACACGGAGCCAGAUGAGUACAACUGUGCCUGUCCUGACGGCUACUCAGGCAAAAACUGUGAGAUAGCGGAACACGCCUGUGUGUCUAACCCCUGUGCCAACGGGGGCACCUGCCACGAGGUACCGUCUGGGUUUGAGUGUCACUGUCCUGCAGGCUGGGCAGGGCCCACCUGCGCUAAAGACACGGACGAGUGUGCAUCCAACCCCUGUGCUCAGGGUGGGACCUGCAUCGACAUGGAGAACGGAUUUGAGUGCCUCUGCCUCCCACAGUGGGCUGGGAAGACCUGCCAGAUAGACGUUAAUGAGUGUAUGGGGAAGCCUUGCCUCAAUGCUUACUCUUGCAAAAACUUGAUUGGUGGAUAUCACUGUGCCUGCUUUCGAGGAUGGGCCGGCCAGAACUGUGACAUCAAUGUCAACAGCUGCCAUGGACAGUGUCAGAAUGGAGCGACUUGCAAGGAGGGGCAGAGAGGCUACGUGUGUGCCUGCUCACCGGGGUUUGUGGGCCGGCAUUGUGACAUCCAGAGGAACAGCUGUGCCAGCGGCCCAUGUAGGAACGGGGGCAGGUGUCACACCCUGCUGGACAGCUUCAUGUGUGAGUGCCCACAUGGGUACACUGGCACCACCUGUGAGGUGCAGAGCAACCCGUGCAGCCCUAACCCGUGCCAGAACCAGGCCCAGUGUCACAGUCUGAUGGAUGACUUCUACUGUGCCUGUUCUGACGACUUUGAGGGCAAGACCUGCUCUGAGCUCAAGGACCACUGUAAGACAAAUCACUGUGAAGUGAUUGACAGUUGUACUGUCGCCGUGGCCACCAAUGGCACACAGGAAGGGGUGUGGCACAUCUCGUCCAAUGUGUGCGGCCCACACGGACGCUGCAUCAGCCAGCCUGCUGGGAACUUCACCUGUUCCUGUGAACCGGGCUUCACUGGAACAUACUGUCACGAGAACAUAAACGACUGUGUGCCGCCUCCCUGUAAGAAUGGAGGAACCUGCAUUGACGGGAUCAGCUCUUUCAAGUGCUUUUGCCCUGACGGCUGGGAGGGCACGCUGUGUGACAUGGAUGUGAAUGAGUGCAGUAGGAACCCCUGUAAGAAUGGAGGUCGCUGUGUGAACCUGCUCAACCACUUCUACUGUCAGUGCCAGGACAACUGGAAAGGCAAGACCUGCCACUCACGUGAGAGCCAGUGUGAUUCCAGUACCUGCAGUAAUGGGGGGACGUGCUUCGACCAUGGGGACACCUUCCGCUGUACCUGUCUCUCAGGGUGGGUGGGCAGCACCUGUAACACAGCCAAGAACAGUACGUGUGACUCUAACCCGUGUGAGAAUGGAGGGACCUGUGUCGGAGGGGGUGAUGCCUACACCUGCAUCUGCAAGGAUGGCUGGGAGGGGCCCACAUGUGCACACAAUGCAAAUGACUGCAAUCCUCAACCCUGCUAUAACGGUGGUGUCUGUGUAGAUGGCGUGAACUGGUUCCGCUGUGAGUGUGCCCCGGGAUUCGCCGGACCAGACUGUCGGAUCAACAUAGAUGAGUGCCAGUCAUCGCCCUGUGCCUAUGGUUCUACCUGUGUGGAUGAGAUAAACAGCUUCCUCUGUGUGUGUCCCUUGGGCCGGGCUGGGCCUCACUGCCAAGAGUUGAUAGGGAUCGGGAAGGCCUGUCGUUACUCCGGCCUGCAGUUCCCUCACGGCAGUCGAUGGGAGGAGGAGUGUAAUACCUGCCAGUGUGUCAAUGGCAUUGUGCGCUGUUCUAAGGUACGGUGUGGCCGACGGCCCUGCCUGCUGCAGAGAGGUGGUGCCGGUCCAGACAGUAGUGCCCCGUGUCCUAGAGGACAGGAAUGUGUGGAACACCAAUUCCUCACCUGCUUCGCCAAGCCCUGCCACCAGUGGGGCGUGUGUUCCACCCCCGACCCCCCUCCGCCCCUCCACACCCAGUGUGAACCCAACAGUGGUUACCUGGACAACAGCUGUGCCCGCAUCACACUCAUCUUUAACAGAGACAAAGUUCCACAGGGCACCACUGUGGAGAACAUCUGCUCGGAGCUGAGGUACCUUCCCAUCGCCCAGACCCUGGCUAAAGAUUGCACACUCCUCAUUCUCUGUGACCUGUCCUACUCCAACAGUGACGCCGUGGAGGUUGCCAUGUCAUAUGAUCAGGAUGGUCAGGAGCAGAAUGGAGACCGUGGUCAGAUACAGGAGGCUGCCAGUGCCAUCGUCGGUGCCCUGUCCAAACGCCACAACAGCACUGUCAUGCUGGCCGUGGUGGAGGUCAAAGUGGAGACGCAGGUCAUGCCCCAGUCUGUGGACCACCUGGUGCCAGUGCUGUGUGUGGUGUUCAGUGUGCUGUGGAUCUUCUGUAUCGUGGUGUGUGUGUGGUGGACCCGUAAGAGGAAGAAAGAGCGUGAGAGAGAGUCUGCAGCAGAGGACAGCACCGUCAACAACCAGCUGGAGCCACUGAGGGUCAGCCUGCCACAGCACAAAGACAACCGAGGCAAAGACAUUCAGCACGAAUGUAAGAAACUCAUGAACCCUCCAGACCGAACGUGUGACGGGGCUGAGGGAGACGAGGAGGAGGACGGAGAGGAGGAGGAGCUGAGGAGGGGAGGGAUGGAGCUAGACAAGUUCUCUACCCAAAAGUGCUCCUUGGCAGGAGUGCAGGACAAAGUGAUGGGCAAAGGGGGAGUGAUCUGUACGAUGCAUAGUGCCCCUGUCAAACCCCCCCACCGGACAGCGUACAGCCCGAAAGACAACCGGUGUAAAAACCUCAACGCUGCCAACGUCAGUGAAGACAUCAAAGACCAUUAUGUAUGAGCACAGCCUAGAGGUGGGACCUCUCAAACUAAAGACAAUGUCUCCAUCUAAUAGAAAAACACAAACACCAAUAGUGAAGAUUUCAGACACGUUUUACAUUUAAUUUGACAUUCUUUGUCUGCAACAUGGAGGCUCCUUAUCUACUAAAAGCAUUGCAAAUGAACAUUUCAGCAACAAAAAAAGACCCGCAUUUCAGUUUAAAUCACACUGUUGAAAAUAGGAAAAAGGAAACUUUUUUUUUUUUUUUCUUCUUUUUUACAAACUGUCGCUCCCUUUAAAGGAGAGCUCUUCUUUUCACCGCAUGUCACUGAGCAGUUUGUGUAUUAUGUGACUUUGGCGUGAGCACUGCCAUUGGAGGACUAUGGAGAGCCGUUGAAUGGCAGCUGUUGUUGUACUACUACAUUACUACUAGUGCAUUUAGUCCAUAUCUGCCUUAACCCGCACCGUGGGCCUUUUCUUUGUUCUCUUGGUAUAAUAAUGUCAUUUGUAUAUGUAAAAUGAUGUACAAUGUUAUAUAUAAGACCCUUUGAAAGCUAUACGCAGUAUAUAACACCUGAGGUCAGCAUUAGUUUAUGAGCAUAAACAUAUUUUCCAUGACAUGUCAAUGCUUCUAAAGAUUUUAUGUACAGUAUAUCCCUUUAACGUGCAUUUUACUCUACCACUUCCUGCAAGCCGAGAUGCUUUAUUAUUUGCUUGGUAGAAAGUGCCUUCAGCCCUUUUAUCAUUUCAUCUCAUUCAAAACAUUUAUCCAGAACUCAAUUCAUAUAAAGGGAAAACAUGUCUUUUCACACCUCUUCAUAUCACCAUAAAGGUAUUUCUUUGAACAAUGUAUAUAUGUAAAUAUAAAAAUGGCUCUGUAUAUUUGAAUUUAGUAACUUAAGUGACCCUUUUUAUUAUAGUUAUUCUAAAGAAUAAGAUUGUUUUGUUUGUUUUUUUAUGAUGUCAUUCCGUUUUAUUAGUGUCCGUUGACACAGGGCUGGUUUUAUACAGAUAUUAUGGACAAUAUCAAGGGUCCCAUUGACAGAAACACAUUAUUCUAAGUGCUUGUUUGUUUUGCUUUCUGAUUUUAUUUUGUUCCAACACUUAAAAUUGUGAGUAAGCAGAGCUGUUAGUUCUAGUUCUAGGCUUGUCCUCGUCUGCUGCUUUAGUAGGAGCUAUCUGUUGGAAGUUUCCCUAAUGAAUGCUGGCUCACCAUGUCCCAUUCACUAUGCUACUGUAUGUGAACAUUAGAAUGUCCUAUUAUAUUGCAGGGGUGUACCAGUGCAUGGAGGGGUUAGGUUGAUCUGAUACAGAAACGGUGCUAGCAGGCUUUCAGCAUCGUGAUUUAGCUCGGAAUCAGGAGUAACUACAAUUCAAUUCAAGGCCAUUAUCAGAUCAAUCCUGUGGUUUAAUUGUUGUCUGGGAUGGAGCCUGAUGGAUACACUGCUGCUUUUCAGCAGUACUCAGUUACCAAGCCCUGCAGUGGUGCAUUGGAUUUCUGCUUUCAAUACUGGUCUAAUGAAGGGAACAAGUUUUAUUAUUGUUGAUGUUGUGGUUGUUGUCCAGUGUUUGUAUUAUAUCCUGUUUCUGCACUAAGACAGGAAGAGAACCCAUUGAGCAUUACCUCAGUGGCGGUAGUGAAAAUGAUUUUUGUUGUUCUUUACAGUUGAAUAUUGUUAUUCUCUGACAAGAACUGUCUUUCAAAUGUUUUGAUGAUAAAGGAAUUGAAAUCAUUACCAAUAUCCAGUCAGCAUAAUCCCACUAGCCCCAGAGCAUGGGCUGAAUGUGCAGACCAUUGUAAUUAUUUUGUACAAAAGAGCAGUUGCAUCUUGGUUUGUUAGUGGAAUUUGUGUUUGUUCUUAGAACAAUCCAUUUAUUUAUUAAAGUAUUUUAUACCAAUA